AUGAACUGCCCCGCUAAUGCUCUCUCGUCGAAGGCAACUACAUCUAAGCAGCGCCUUGCGCUGGCUAUCUGCGAUUUCCUCUCCUCUUCUGUCACCGAUGGUACACUCCCAGCGGAUGAUCAAGAAUCCAUCGACGUCGCUGUCAACUGUAUUGCCGAGUCCUUCAAGGUCGACCCCUCCAACAAGGCCGCCGUCUCAGAAGCUAUCGGCGACCAGAACCUCCUAAAGAUAUAUGGCGUCUACGAGAAGCUGAAGAAUGCUUCUAAGCCUGCUGCCGAUGCUUCCUCUUCAUCUGCCGCCCCAGCCCAAGCAGCACCAGUGAGCGAAGAUGCCAAGAAGGAGGCUGAGGCGCUCAAGUCCAAGGGCAACGCUGCCAUGGCCCAGAAGGACUACCCCAAGGCUAUCGACCUGUACACCCAGGCGCUGGGCCUCAACCCCGGAAACGCCAUCUUCCUGUCGAACCGUGCCGCCGCUUACAGUGCCGCCAAGGAUCAUGAAAGCGCACAGGCUGACGCUGAGGCCGCUGUCGCAAUAGACCCCAAGUAUACUAAGGCAUGGAGUCGCCUGGGCCUCGCUCGGUUUGCCCUUGGAGAUGCAAAGGGCUCCAUGGAGGCAUACCAGAAGGGCAUUGACUACGAGGGCAAUGGUGGCAGUGAUGCCAUGAAGAAGGGCUUUGAGACCGCCAAGAAGCGGGUCGAGGAACUCGAGUCCGAUGAGGUUGCGUCAAGGGGUGCUGGUGGCCCGGCUGGAGGUGCCCCAAACCUUAACGAUCUGGCGAGCAUGUUUGGUGGUGGUGGGCAAGGAGGCGGUGGCGGUGGCGGUGGUGGUGGCAUGCCAGACCUUGGAUCCAUAAUGAGCAACCCUAUGUUCGCAUCCAUGGCUCAGAACCUCAUGAGCAAUCCGGACCUCAUGUCAAACCUUAUGAGCAACCCGAGGCUGCGCGAAAUGGCCAGCUCUUUUGGCGGUGGUGGCGGGGGAGGAGGCAUGCCCGACACGUCAGCCCUGAUGUCCGACCCCAGCAUCGCGGAGAUGGCUCGGAAUUUGAUGGGAGGUGGUGGUGGUGGCGGCAGCGGCGGAGCACCCGGAGCCGGAGCCGGAGCCGGAUCUGGCGCCGGAACUCCAUAG